GAAACAAACAUCCAUCCAGCAGCAGAAGAAGGGGGACGGGAGACGGAGAGAGGAAGGAGGAAAAGGCAGGAGGCCCAGGAAGGGACGUUUAGACCCGUCUAAAUCCGCCUGACUGAGAGGACGACGACGCAGAAACGCUGCUAGAAGAAAAAAAAAACAAAACACCAAAUAACUUCAACCUUUUCCUGAAAAAGACAGCCGUUUUUUUUUUCUUCCCACGUCAUCUCGCGAGAAAAACCCAUCGAUUUUUCAGCAGCAAUGGCUCAAGAGACGAACCAGAGCCCGGUCCCCAUGCUUUGUGCCACAGGCUGUGGUUUCUACGGCAACCCACGAACCAAUGGCAUGUGCUCUGUUUGCUACAAGGAACACCUGACGCGACAGCAGAGCAGCGACCGCAUGGGCCCCAUGAGCCCAAUGGGCUCCACUGCUAGUCCCAUCUCAGAGGCGUCUGCCAUCCAGAGACUAGAAGCCAGUCUAGCUAUGGUUGACGCCUCCCCUGCCUCCUCACCAGACAUGUCUAGCAGGACUGUUCAAGGAUCUCUUCCUGUAACCCAACAGAUGACAGAGAUGAGCAUCUCCAGGGAGGAUAAGUCUGAACUCCUAGAGCCUGUUGUAAGCCAGCCUGCUGCUUCUAGUCCUUCUCCUGUAGCUGCUUCCAGCAAUGAAGAAGGCAAAGGUGAAUCGGCCAAACCCAAGAAGAACCGGUGCUUCAUGUGCCGCAAAAGGGUUGGCCUUACAGGGUUUGAUUGUCGCUGCGGUAACCUGUUCUGCGGCAUCCAUCGAUACUCUGACAAGCACAACUGUCCCUAUGAUUACAAGGCCGAGGCUGCCGCCAAGAUCCGUAAAGAAAAUCCCGUGGUUGUGGCUGACAAGAUCCAGAGAAUAUAGGUUAAAAAACAAAAGAAAAAAAGAAAACAGUGUUAGAAAUGAGGAAAAAACAACGUUGAGAAAGACUGGAGGAUGAAUUAGAAACUUUGACAUGAGCGUGAAUGGUUAAAUCGAAAGGACUUGAUUUGCAAAAUGAUGAAAAAAGAAAAAAAAAUCGAAA